AUGACUUGGAGAUUUUGUCCUUUUUCAGAUGAAAUAAAUCCUUGUACAGAACUGAAGAUGUGUAAACAAAUCAUAAUGCUGGCGUCAACAAUGUUUCUUUUGUUGGUCAAGUCAGAGAUCAAAGUUAAAUGUCCUUCAGGAAAACAUUGGAACUUGAGGGCAAAGUCAUUUUGUUCAUCUGUAGAGCAAUAUACCUGCUUGUUGGAUUAUGUAAACAACGUUGAUAAAGAAAGCUGCAAUGGACCAAAAACUGAACCACCUGGAGACAAAACAGUGGUAAACAGCGGAAAUUUUGACACCGAAUCAUGCUUAAUGGAAAGAUUCCAACCCUUUUCUUUUUUUACAUCUCAAGGCAAUAAUUGUAUUUACAAGAAAACAAUGUGUAUUGAAGAAGGACAACUGAUUUAUAGCAAUGGAACGAGUGUAUACGACAGAAAAUGCAGAUGCGAUUAUACAAAUAAUUUUAGUUUUGUGUCGAAAAAAAGAGUUGACAUGUGUUCUUGUGAUCCAACAAACGAAGACUGUUCAUGUUUCAUCAAACUGUGCAGCGUAGGACAGAUUUUGACACCUGACUACCAAUGUGUCAAAAUUGAGGAUUCCUAUGGAAAGUUUGUUUGUAAAGAUAUUGAAAUUCAAUCAAGUCAAACAAAAGCUGAAAAACGUAAUAGAACUAUAAGAACAAAUGCAAAUCAAUUGGACGUACAGAAUGGAAAGAGCAUUGAAGUAUUGAUUGUUUGCUCAGCAGGAAUUAUCGUUAUUGGUAUUCUGUGUUUGUUCGUGAUCCCACCAAUACAGGACACAAUAGAAAUGGAUAACACAGAUCAAAACACGAAGACAAAAGAAUAUAAAAGUAAAUAUAGAAUACACAAAGCCAAAUUGGAGUCCUACAAGAACAAACCAUAUGAAUUUACAGUAUUAAAAGAUCUGACUGAAGAUGGAACGAUAGAGAUUUAUGAUUCUCCUGAAAGUACGACAUAUACUGCGCACACUGAAGAGGAAAAAGCAAUACAAAAACUUUUUGAGGAAUAUAAGAGUGAUUACAUUAUCCGUAGAAGGGAAGUAGAGCAAUAAAACACAACUGUUAUUGACGAAUUGAAGAAAUGGACAGGGGAAACGUUUCGGUAUUUUAAAGCAUUGAUAGGGUACAA